AUGUUGAGGUCUUUGUUUAGAGUUUAUGGGGUUAGAGCCCAUAGUAUUGUUUUGGAGCCUAAAGAACCUGAUGCAAUAACACCUCAUGCUCUUUUUUUGAGUUAUUAUCCGGCCCAAGGUGGCAGGCCCAUGGACCCUGAAGUGUAUCCACGGCCCACAGGUGAGGUUUACUUGUGCGGAAUGUCAUCGGAGGUUGAGGUGCCAGAGGAUCCAGAACAAAUAGUGGGCGACCCAGAGUCAUUACAGGUGCUAAAGAGAGUAGCCAGGAAUGUAUCCAGUCAUUUGGCAGAGGGAGAGGCACGAUUGAAGGCAGAGCAAGCAUGCUUCUUGCCAUGCACUGAUGAUAGUAUUCCUGUAAUUGGGGAGAUUCCAGGGGUGAAGGGUUGUUAUGUUGCCACUGGGCACAACUGUUGGGGUAUUUUAAAUGGUCCUGCCACUGGGGCUGCAAUGGCUGAGCUUAUAGUAGAUGGGCAAUCUAGCAUUGUUGAUCUCACUCGGUUUAGUCCUGCCAGAUUUGGUGGGCGUAGUAGAAAGGGCUAG